AAAAAAGCUUAUAGAGAGUUAGAGAGUUACAAAAAUGGCGGCUAAGUUAAUAUGUUCCUCUUUAACAGUCCAUUCCAUGGCCAACAAGAAGCCUUCACCUUCUCCAGCCAAAACCAAAACCUCAAAGAAGGGCACAACAAGUGGACAGGUGAAGCUACUAACAAGAGUAGAGCAACUCAAGCUUCUAACCAAAGCCGAAAAGGCAGGACUUUUAUCCUUAGCCGAGAAAUCAGGUUUCUCUCUAUCCACCAUAGAGCGUCUCGGAUUGCUCACUAAAGCUGAGGAGUUCGGCGUUUUGUCCGCCGCUACUAACCCGGAAACGCCUGGAACGUUGUUCACUCUAAGCCUCGGUUUACUCCUUCUUGGACCGGUUUUCGUCUACUUGGUCCCUGAGGAUUACUCUUGGCAAGUGGUGGUUCAGCUCGUGGUGGCACUUGUGUCUGUUCUUGGUGGCUCUGCUGCUUUCGCUGCUUCUGGUUUUGUCUCCAAUUUGCAGAAAUCUGAUUAAACCCGGUUGUAUUGAUUUUUAUUAAACCGGUUGGGUUUUUUUGUAUCGGAUUCACUUGUGUGUUUGAUCUAGAAUUGCUUCAAGUUCAUUUCAUGUAAAUGGCUAAGCCCGUUAUGAGGCCCAAUAAUAAUUAAAAUAUCAAUCUCUUUCGCC